UUCAAACAAUGACUUGGCGCCCCUAGCUCAGUGGUUAGUGUGCCAGCCACAUACACCAAGGCAGGUGGGUUUGAAACUGGCCUGGGCCUGCUAAACAACAAUGACAACUGUAACAAAAAAAUAGCUAGGUGUUGUGGCAAUGUAUCAUCAAAUACCAUUGGCUUUAUUUUAAAAAUAUGUCCAGGGAGGCUGAGGCAAGAGAAUUGCCUAAGCCCAGGAGUUGGAGGUUGCUGUGAGCUGUGUGAUGCCACGGGGCCCUACCAAGGGUGAUAAAGUGACUCUGUCUCUACAAAAGAAAAAGAAAUGUCCAAAGUUGGCUGGGCACAGUAGCUCACACCUGUAAUCCUAGCACUCUGGGAGGCUAAGGUGGGUGGAUUACCUUAGCUCAGGAAUUCGAGAUCAGUGUGAGCAAGAGCAAGACCCCGUCUCUAAAAAAUAGCCAGGUGUCGGAGAGGAGACGCAGCGCCGGGCCGGGCCGGGCCCUGGAGAUGGUCCCCGGCGCCACGGGCUGGUAUUGUCUCGUGCUUUGGCUUCCCGCUUGCGUCGCAGCCCACGGCUUCCACAUCCAUGAUUAUUUAUACUUUGAAGUGCUGAGUCCUGGGGACAUUCGCUACAUCUUCACAGCUACACCUGCCAAGGACUUCGGUGGUAUCUUUCAUACAAGGUAUGAGCAGAUUCACCUUGUCCCUGCUGAACCUCCAGAGGCCUGCAGGGAACUCAGCAACGGCUUCUUCAUCCAGGACCAGAUCGCUCUGGUGGAGAGGGGAAGCUGCUCUUUCCUCUCCAAGACCCGGGUGGUACAAGAGCACGGUGGGCGAGCAGUGAUCAUCUCUGACAAUGCGGUUGACAAUGACAGCUUCUAUGUGAAGAUGAUCCAGGAUAGUGCCCAGCGUACAGCUGACAUCCCUGCCCUUUUCCUGCUCGGCCGAGAUGGCUACAUGAUCCGCCGCUCCCUGGAACAGCAUGGGCUGCCAUGGGCCAUCAUUUCCAUCCCAGUCAAUGUCACCAGCAUCCCCACCUUUGAGCUGCUGCAACCACCCUGGACCUUCUGGUAGAAGAGUUGGUCCCACAUUCCAGCCAUAAGUGACUCUGGGCUGAGAAGAACCCAGGAAUUUUGCUAUUUGGAAUUUGAGGAUAGUUUUUAGGGACAAGUGGAGCCAGGUGCAAAAAAGGGUCUCCGCCUUGGCUAGGCUGAGGGAGGGAAGCCAUACUAGUGGCCUUCCCUUCCUCAGGGCCCCCCAAAAGAGGCAAGAGCCAAGCCCCAGAAGUUCUGGCUAGAAUCUGAAACAAAAGAAACUAAAAGCAGGCAACCUGAGAGCCAUCUAUUACCUACCAAUCCCAACUGGCUCCAGCAACCCCUACCCGAGGUCUCCUCACAGUGACCUUCACAGCAGUUGUUGGAGUGGUUUAAGGAACUGGGAUUUUGGGAUUCAAUAAACCUUACUGUAGCAAUAAAAAAAAAAACAAAAAAUAGCCAGGUGUUGUGGUGAGUGCCUGUAGUCCCAGCUACUUGGGAGGCUGAGGCAAGAGAAUCACUUGAGCCCAAGAGUUUGAGGUUGCUGUGAGCUGGACGCCAUAGAACUCUACUGAAGGUGACAAAGUGAAACUCU